UGAGCCCAACAAACGCACACACUCACGCAGGGGCUAUGUUCUGGCUUCUGAGCCCAGGCGGCUGGUCUCAGCGGCAUCCAGGCCUCUUACGGGCUGCCCUGCUCCCGGGGUGCCCCUGAACCCAGAAACCUGGGGGUGGUGGGAGGGAAGGGAGUGUCUGCUUGGCUCUCGAGGGAGCCCCCAGUGACUGCAGCAGGAUGGGUGGGCGGCCCUCGAGCCCCCUGGACAAGCGGCAGCAACAGCACCUGAGAGGCCAGGUGGACACCAUGCUGAGGGACUUCCUGCCCUGCUACCGCGAGCAGCUGGCGGCCUCUGUCCUGCGACAGAUCUCCCGUGAGCUGGGGCCCCAGGAGCCCGCCGGAUGCCAGCUGAUGCGCAGUAAAAAGCUUCCCCGAGUCCGUGAGCACCAAGGGCCUCUGACCCAGCUGUGGGGCCACCCGCCUCGGUGGCAGCCGAUCUUCUGUGUCCUGCGGGGGGAUGGCUGCCUGGAGUGGUUCAGCCAUAGGGAGGAAUAUGAGAAUGGGGGCCAUCCCCUCAGCUCCGUGGCCUUGACAGGGUAUACUGUCCUGACUUCCCAGCGUGAAUAUCUCUGCCUGUUGGAUGCUCUCUGCCCAGUCCCCUCAGGAGAGUAUACCCAGAAAGAGCCCGAACCCCUCCUGGAAAUGCCCGUGAACUUCCCCCUGUUCCUGCAGCACCCCUUCCGCCGGCACCUCUGUUUCUCCGCGGCCACGGGGGAAGCGCAGCGGGCUUGGAGGCUGGCCCUCCAGGGUGGCAUCCGGCUCCGUGGGACAGUCUUGCAGCGCAGUCAGGCCCCCGCAGCCCGUGCCUUCCUGGACGCCUUAAGACUCUAUCGGCAGCGCCGAGGCCACUUUGGCGAGGACGACGUGACCCUGGGCUCGGAUGCCGAGGUGCUGACCGGGGUGCUGCUGCGGGAGCUGCUGCCGGCGCUGCGAGCCCAGACCCUGCCCGGCCUGCGGGGGGCCAGCCGCAACCGUGCCUGGGCCUGGACCGAGCUCCUAGACGCAGUCCACGCUGCCGUCCUGGCCGGGGCCUCCGCCGGGCUCCGCGCCUUCCAGCCGGAAAAGGACGAACUGCUGGCGGCCCUGGAGAAGACCAUCCGCCCGGACGUGGACCAGAUCCUGCAGCUGCGGGCGCGCGUGGCGCGGAGGCUGCGGGGGGAGGUCGAGGGCCCCCUGGAGACCUGCCUGCGCGGGAGGGUGGACACACAGCUGUCCCGGGUCACGCAAAAGCUGCUGAGCACCGUGGAAGCCGUGCUCUCAACAGUGCAGACCCUCCUAGCCCAGGGCACGGACCGCCUGUCUCGCCACCUGCGUGGGAGCCCCUCUAGCACCCGCUUGCGCAAGGAGGUUUACUCAUUUGGGGAGAUGCCAUGGGACUCAGAGCUGAUGCACGCCUGCUACCGUGAGGCUGAGCGAAGCCAGAAGCGCCUGGGGCAGCUGGUGGCGCCAUUUGGCUUCUUUGGCACACGAAGCCUGGUAUUUGGGGCCCAGGAUCUCGCACAGCAGCUUAUGGCUGACGCCGUGGCCACCUUCCUACAGCUGGCGGACCAGUGUCUGACCGCAGCCCUGGACUGCACCCAGGCUGCCCAGCAGUUGGAGAAAGUCAGGGGGCGUGUGCUGAAGAAGUUCCAGUCGGACAGCAGCUCAGCGCGGAGGAGGUUCAUCCGUGGAUGGUUGCUCUGUAUCUUCUCGCCCUUUGUGUUGAGCCAGCUGAAGAGUAGCUGCAAAGCGGAGCUGCCUGAGUUCGAAGGGGAGGUCCUCGCCGUGGGUAGCCCGGCCCUGACCAUCGAGGGUAUCUAUGAAGACAUUGUCCGGGGGGUCCUGCUGCAGAGGAUUGAUGGAGAACUGAAAAAGGCCCUUGGUGUCGGUGACAUGUCCUGCACUCUGGAUGGCUGCUCGGAGGCCCCGUGGGACCCGACAGGAGCAGACGAGGAAACUGAGGCUCAGAGAGGGACUUGUCCCAGGCAACCGGGCUCUGGUGCCGAGGUCCAGCCGCUCUGCUCACGGCCUCCUCCAGGAACAUCCACAGCUGCGUCUCGACCGCAUCUCUCUUCGUUCCCAUCAGACAAAUAAGUCAAAGCAUCCAUACCAUUUCAAGGCUUUUAUUUUUCUUUUAUUAUUAAAAUUUUUUUUU